AUGGAGCAGUAGCCCGAGCAAGCCUCGCCCACCCACGGACCGCCCUUUUGGCUGGCUGAUUGGCGGUUGGCUGUUCGGGCGGGCUGGCGGGCUGGGACGACGGGAAAACGGGUCUGGCGCUCACGGAGGCGGAGAACUCCGCUUCCCAGCGCUGUUGUUGUCCGACUGCAUCCGGUCGCUCGGCUUUCUCCACGCCUUAGCGACUCUACACUUCACCCACAUCGCCGCAUAUUUGCUUUGACCCACACAACUGGUCAAUUUCAGGCCGAGUCUACGCUUAAAUUAGGCUCGGUUGCCAGCCCCAAAUGGCAAAUCGAUAGAAUGGGAGAUUCGCAUUGCCUCAUCGGCAUCCAGAGCCAGCUUCUGAGCGCAAUUGACGUCAAGCCACGGUUGUUCAGGCUGGCCGAUAGUGGCAAUCCGGUCGCCUCAGCAACCGUCGAGUUUUCGGGUUAUUUUGCGUUUCUGGCGUUCCGGUUUGAGCAGAUGGCCGAGUUCGGCAGAGGUUUGGGUUGA